ACUAUUAGCAAAUUGACUUAAGAAGAAAACAUGCACAAUAAUUAUUUAUAAAAGCCAACAAAUACCUAUUUAAGAUGUAAAUAUAAUUAUAAAGACUAAUCUUAGUUCCAUAUUAAAUAUUUUUUUCUUAUUAAAUUAAAAGGUUUUUAAUAUAAUUUAAAGUUAAAACAAAAUAUUAAUCAUGCUUAAUAGAGUGGUGCAAUAUAAAACUUUACUUCGACAAAUAGCUUACGUGCCUGCAUAUAAACCACCAGAUCAAGAAGAUUUUCAUAAAUUACGUGAAUUUCUUCAAUCACAUGAUAGACUUCUUAUUUUGACAGGCGCUGGAAUAUCUACAGAAUCAGGUAUUCCUGACUAUAGAUCCGAAGAAGUUGGCCUUUAUGCACGUUCUAAUCACAAGCCUAUUCAAUAUCAAGAUUUCGUCAGGUAUCCAAAAGUAAGACAAAGAUAUUGGGCGAGGAAUUUCGUUGGUUGGCCAAGGUUCAGUUCAGUCCAACCAAAUGCAACACAUUAUUCCAUUAAAGAGUUGGAAAAGGCCGGCAAAGUAACAGCAGUUGUGACUCAGAAUGUAGAUAGAUUACAUCAUAAGGCUGGUUCAGAAAAUAUCAUAGAACUACAUGGCACUGGUUAUAUUGUAAAAUGCAUGAAGUGCCCUUACGAAAUAGAUCGAUUUAAACUACAAGAGAUCUUGCUAAAUAAUAAUCCUAGCAUGGAAAGCAGCUUUAACAUGAUUAGACCUGAUGGAGAUGUGGAAUUGUCUAAGGAACAAGUUGAUAGAUUCAAAGCACCCCUAUGUCCUGAAUGUGAAGGUCCACUUAAACCUGAUAUUGUAUUUUUUGGUGACAAUGUUCCCAAAGAAAGAGUGGAGCAAGUAAGAAAUCAAGUUUCUGUCAGUGAUGCUGUGUUUGUGUUAGGAUCAAGUCUAACUGUUUAUUCAAGCUACAGAAUAAUUUUGCAAGCUAAAGAGGAAAACAAGAAGAUAGCUGUAUUAAAUAUAGGACCAACAAGAGCUGAUGAUAUUGUACAUUUAAAAAUAUCAACAAAAUGUGGUGAAAUUUUGACAGAUCUGUGCAAUUCUUUAAGUAAACCUACUUAACAUGUAAAAGUAGUAACCCAAUGUAAUUAUGUGAUCUUUUUACCUCAUAUUUGUAUGAAGUUUUAUUACUGUUAAAUGGUUUUAAAUAAAAUAAUUGUUAAAUAA